AUGGCGAAGAAAAUCUUCGACAGACUGAGGCCACCAACAGCUAGGGGCGUCUUGUCGCCUCGACCACGCCCUAAGUUGCUGCUCGUCGUGGGCCUCAUCCUGAUCACCGUCUAUCUCAUCAACUUCACCUCACAUGGCCGCGGCUACCAUGUCAUACCUUGGAGGUCACGCUCUGCCGAAGGUCUCAAGGCCGAGACCGAGGAGGAAAAACGAAUCAGGGAGACGCACGAGCAGGCGCUGCGCGACGAGUUCGCCGACGAAUACCAGGCGGCCAAGAGUCUGCCGGGCAACGAUGCCAUCUACGGCAACACUCUGGCUACCCUCAUCAGCAAGGACAUCCGAUCUCCCGAGCAUGACGCCGUCUUGACCGAGGCUCCGAAGAAACCCCUGGGCUUCGCAAUGGACAAGCCCUAUGUCUACAACCCGUAUCCUGCCUACCACAGCAGUGAUUGGAGGAAAAAGCACCGCGGGCCGUACAUCGCUUGCCAGGGUGCCAAUGGCAAGACCGUCGAGGACAUGAUCGUCUUCAAGGGUCAUCCUCAUGAUUUCCCGCCCGAGAGCUUUGGCAGCUACGACCUCCUUAACAUGGACGGCAAUCUCUGCUUCGAGCGCGAGACCCGGCUCGGCCCUUACGGAUAUUCGACCGUCUUGAAGGACGGAGACCCCAUCAACUGGGACCUCGUCAACUGGGGCGACCUGCAGGAGAAGUGCGUCUCCCUGAACAAGGAGCGCUAUGAUCUCACCGGCACCCCGAACCCCUAUGUUCGUACCGUUUACCCUGAACUCUUUGGUGCAGCCGAGUAUCCCCCGCCGCAGGGUGUCAGCAAGCAAGAAGUGCGAAGUGAGCAUCCGAUUGAUGAGGAACAGCGCAAAGAGGCCCGAGCUUCAGAGCAGGCCUCUGCGCACAACAAACGGGGCACCACCACGGAUUCAGAGCCGGAGUCCAAGGUCGAGCAGAGGACCGCCGUGCUACUUCGCUCGUACACCGGCAAGAAGUACACUGAGAAUGACAAGCAAGUCAUGAGGGCCUUGAUCUCCGAGCUCAAUCUGCGUACCGGAGGAGAAUACCAGGUGUACCUACUGCUUCACGUGCGCGACUCAGGCCUCGACAUCUUCGGCGAUGAUCUGACGUACAAAUACGUCCUUGACCAAAACGUCCCUAAGGAGUUCCAUGGCAUGACUAUCCUCUGGAACGACCGGUCCGUCUGGGAUAUCUAUACGGCCAUGACUGAGGAUAACGAGCGGAGCGUGCACUCGGCGCAAUGGUUGUCCGUGCAGAAGUUCAGUCUGGAGCACCCCGAGUACGACUACAUCUGGAAUUGGGAGAUGGAUGCCAGGUUUACCGGCCAUCACUACGACUUCCUACAAAAGCUUCAAUCUUUCGCCAAGAAGCAACCCCGCCGAGGCCUCUGGGAACGUAACGAGCGCUAUUACAUCCCAUCCUACCACGGCGAUUAUGAUCACGACUUCCGCAACGAUGUCGAGGCUCGUACAGCCGGCGACCAAGUCUGGGGUCCCCCUGAACUGCCGUUCAUCAAGCCCAUUGGGCCCAAGCCUCCUGUCAGCAGCCCCGAGCAGGAUCCUUAUCAGUGGGGUGUUGGCGAAGAGUCGGAUCUGAUCACGCUCGGUCCCAUCUUCAACCCUGUUGGCAGCAACUGGAUCAUCCGUGAUCACGUCUGGGGCUACAGUGACGCCAAUCAUGAUAAGCUGGAUCUUCCUCGUCGCACCACCAUCGUCACCCAGUCGCGUGUUUCAAGGCGCCUACUGAACAUUAUGCACGUCGAGAACCUCCGCGGAAACCAUAUUGCCUCGGAGAUGACCCCUCAAACCGUAGCCCUGCUUCACGGUCUGAAGACCGUCUUCGCCCCUCACCCCGUUUGGUUCGACCGCCCCUGGAACGGUACAUUCCUGGCGAAGUGGUUCAACCCAGGCCCCCGAGGCGCGACUGGUGGCGAAGGCAGCCCCAUGGGAUGGGGACGGGAGCGCCGCUACCAAGGCUCGACUUGGUACUACCGCGCUGACCCGCCCGCGCGUAUGUACAAUAACUGGAUGGGCUACGAGGAUACCCACGUUGGUGGAAAGGCAUGGGAGGAGAAGCAUGGUCGCCCGUGUCUGCCGCCGAUGAUGAUCCAUCCCGUCAAGGAGGUCAAGCAGACACAACCAGGCUUUGAGACGCACUUUGAGCUCGCGUAUGGCUAA